AUGUACAAAGCAAAACCCGCUGUACAUAUACACCCUGACCUUCAUAACAGCCAAAGCGCCUGCCCUCACUCCCAUGUCUAUUACAACGUGGGGCUCAAACACGGGUUGAAAAGUGGUCACUUUAUAUAUAUUGGAGAACUGUUGGAUAUAAAUGCGUGUCUCAAGAUCUGUUGCCAUGAUCCAGUCUGUGAUAUUGCCUUUAUGCUAGACCAGUCAUGCUAUACGGUUAAUUGUGCGAAUGAGUCUGUGUGUAAGAGUGUACCCUAUUAUCAACACAAGUUUUCUACAAAAGCUGUAUUUGUGACUAGACGGUUCAACAAACGUUUGUCUGAGAAUGUCGCUACUCGCAAUUCGUUAAACUCUACACAGGUUUCCUCAAAGGACGUGUUCACGGAAAAGCUUGUCAUGUCGAGUAGUGUUACCAUAACAACUAAACCUGACUUUAGCUACCACACUUCUACAAGUAAAACUUCAAGAACUUCCUCAUUACAGCGUGGCGUUGCCACAGCAAGUGUCAUCCCCCAGGAGGAAUAUAUUGACCAGAAAUACCUUAAGAAUCAAGGAAUAUCGACUGUUGGAGAAAACUUUUUUACUACGGAGAUCAGCCCCAGGAAAACAAUGAAAACCCAUGCUAGUGAAUCUGUCGAGCUAAACAGCUUACAGCAAGGAGAAAAUGAGAACAUUAAAAUAGAUUUUAAUGAAGGGUCAGAGUUUACGCCCAGGAAAACAUAUUUCGUGAAAAAUAGAAGCAAGAAUGAAGACUUGCAAGAAAUAAACGUCACAAUCCAACUUCCGAAUUAUCAUAACAGUAAAGGUGAGUCAACCAACCUACUGUUGGCCCAGAAUGAGACACAUAGUGGCAAAGACCUCCAUUCGUUGAAAGAAAAAGAAAGUACCGGGAGUAAACACGAGGGGCAAGACGGGCAAAUAAAAGAAUAUUUACUAUCAGUAUUGAAGGCAACGUCGCAUCUGAACCAAUUGGAUCAUAACAAUUUUCCUCAGGGUGAACCAGAUUAUUAUUAUGAAUUACUCCCGUCGGAUGGAGGCUUUGUAGAAAAUAGUGGAGCAUCAGAAGGCAUAGAUGAGAAGAGUGUAAGCUCGCACCUUGACACAAGCAGUAGUACCACCUUUGCAAGUGGAGUCGAUAUAACAUAUCCAGAUUCUCACGAAGACGUCGAAGACGUCGAAGACCUCUCUCUAAGUGGGUCGGACAUUCCUUUGACGUCACGAGACUGUUUUACUACUGAAACCUACUACAAUGUAACUCUUCGUGGUGGUCUGAAAGCGGGACGUUUCACUUUUGCUGGCAUAGUUUCAUCGCAGCAAGAUUGUGUGACUAGUUGUUGUAUAGCCAAAGGCUGUGACUUAUCGUUCACGGUCUUGGAUAGAUGCUUCUUAGUUGACUGUUAUGAUGCUGAUUUAUGUGAUUUCAUUGCGGCUCGAAAUGUUGAUAAGUUUCGUCCUGUGAUAACAUAUAUAAAUUUGACACUCAUAGAUAACCUAAAGGCCAAGUCGCUACGAAACAGUCUUGUUCAGAAUUGGCCGUCAAAAACUGAAGUUUCUCGUAUGAACAUCAAUCAGCCUUACAAUGAAGAGGAACAAAGAAUUGGUAUUCCUGAUACCCUUGUGGAGAGGAAGAAUAAGACAAUGUCUGGUAAUACGUAUUUAAAAGAUAACCGAAAUGCCAGCCUUCCUACAGCACUCAACCAAUCGAAGUGCUCUUUCGGUGCAACGUUUCACAAUAUAUCUUUCCGACUCGGCCGACAAGCUGGUACAUUUAUUAAUCUAGGAGUCACUGACGAUAUAAACGAAUGCGCGUAUUUGUGCUGUGAAACUUUUAACUGCAACGUCGCUUUUAUGAUAUCCCAGGACUGCUUUUCAGUACACUGUCGUAGUAACGAAACGUGUAAAACAUUUGCUGUCCAUGGUUCUAAGUUCAAACCGAGGUUAGUGUUUGUGCAAAGAUCUGGCGUCAAAAAAGAGAGCGUAACAAGAUCAAGACGCCUUCCAAAAACUUCAGUGGUGACUCCAUCCACUUCUCAGUGGAAUAAGUUCGCAUUAUCAGCGGCAGCAUCGCAGGCUCCAACUGAGUCGCGUAAUUUUGUGAUGUCAUCAGCUGAUGCACCAAGUACUGUCUCAUCCGUAGCGAACAAUGUCUUCCCAACUGAUGCUCCAGAUACAUUACUUCAGAAUGAUACUGCUAAACUCGACACCCCGCCUCCUUCAGAUACCCUUCCGUUAGACUUUGUAGAGGUAAAAACCAACGGCUCAGAAUUCUGGUGGCAGUACUACAAUCCGACAGACAAAAAUUUGACAACUUCACGCUUUGAAACGGUAUACCCAGACAUCAGUGUCGAUAAUACCAGUUUAACAAACAGCCUGGUAAAAGAUGCAUCAUUUCCCAGUUCGAGUUCACCAGACAAAUCACCAGUUAAUGUUAAGUCUUUUAUUGCAAAACUAGAUCCGACGGAGGACACACUUCAAGAAAAGACACAUGCUGAAGAGGACAACCGUUUAACAGAGGCAAACUUCAUCAUAACAUCACCUAAUAUUAGCACUUUAACCAACUCCACAUCGUCGCAGGUUGUUCACGUUGGUCAUUCUCAGAUUUCGAGCUUCCAAGUAGUAUUACCAAUUUUUAGCAGCCAAACGUAUCCGUUUGCUUCAAAGAAUGUUGCAAAAAGACCUCCACUUGGACAAUUUGGCAAAGAUCGGAAUCUUUGCAACAGCACAACAGUUCUAAGUGGUGUAACGUUAAAAGGAGGAUAUUAUGCUGGUGUAUUUUCAAGAUUAGAUAAUGCAACAAGCGUGAAAGAAUGCGUCUCAGAAUGCUGCAAUAUGCCAGGCUGCAAUAUUGCCUUUAUGGUUGCUAAGGUAUGUUACGCGGUGCAAUGCUUCAGCGAUAAGAAGUGCAUGAGUGUAACGGCGCACUCUGCAAAUAAGUACCAUCCGCGAAUGGCACGAAUUCGUCAUUUUGAUAGUGCAUCAUCAGAUGCAUUCAAAGGCGUGAAUAGUAACAGACUCCGCUGCGUUUUGGACGAUAUCAUUGAUUCAAAGUACAAAGUUCAAGAUGGAUCUAUCUUUGCGCAUUCCUCGUCGCAUGAUUUGGGUGAAUGUGCAAAGCUUUGUUGUCAAACGAGCGGCUGUGAGGUUGCUUUGCAAGAUAAUGGCAAAUGCUAUUCGUUGAACUGUUUUGGUAACAAUAAAUGCCCUGAGAUGCUCCUGACAAAUUCCUCCCAAUCUGUAGCUGUGGUAAAAGAUUUGAUUAAUCCAGAAAAUAUUUCAGAACACUCCGUCUCUAAAGCUUGCGAUUUUAGCCCGGCGCUUCAUGAGGUUGUUUUACGUGGUGGAUCGCAUUCUGGAAAGUUCAAGUACUUGAUAGAAGUUGACGACAUGGCUACUUGCAUCCAAGAAUGCUGCAGGCAUAAAGUGUGUGACGUGGCUCUCAUGUUGAAAGACAACUGCUUCUUAGUGUCCUGUCACAAUGAGAAACUGUGUGACGCGAUCCCGUCACACCCCUCAGAAUACCAUCCACAGAUAGCGUACAAGAUAAAACAUGGUUCCCGUCGACAUAUUGGUAAGAAAACUACUCUUACUUUAACUUUUUCUCUGUUAAAGGGAAGCUGUCACCUCUCCUGAGGGAAGAUUAAAGAAGUAUCCCGACGAUAAAGUAGCCUUAGAAAACAGCCGACAUUUCGCGACGCAACCACUGGUUUCCCUGCGAAAUGACGUCUGAGGAACGAAAGUAGAAAUUCAAUACUGAUGAUGUGUCACUACCUAGAUCUGGGUAAAUUUCGAUCAGAGGCACCUCCUAGAUCUGGGUAGUGACACGUCAACAGUAACAUAAUAGGGACUUUUAGAUCCAACGACGCGACGGUAACGACAACGUCGAUUAAAGAGUGAAUUUACCUUCUUGCCGUCUUUAUUGCGAUUAUUUGUACCUAUUUUUUUUGUCAAGUGUAACCAAACCCUUCUGAAGUUGAAUUCCAAGGGACCAUAUCCAAGUUCAGAGAGAGAAAUAAAAUUUCGUCGUUGUUUGUUUGCGUUCUCCAGGAAACGCGAAAUUAGGCAUUUUCACGUUGUAGUCAUGCACAAACGGCAAAGAAAUGUACAAAAAAAUGUGAUGCGCGUGCGAAGUUGUUGCUUGGAUUGUUAAAACUAUAUUUUUUUCGUUGGUUCUUAAAGUCCCUUAUGUGUGUCCGACGACUUUUGCGGUUUGUGCAACAAAAACGGUUACGUCGUCGAACAUGCGUCCUUUUUAAAAAGAAAAAUUUUUGGCAGGACUGCACAUGUAACUGUGGUUAUGGUAAAAAGAAGACUUUAAAACCACGUCCAUGGACUUUUGCUUCUCAUGAAGCAUGUAUAAUUGAUCUAGAAUAUGUUUUUUUUUUUUAAUUGAUUGAUUCAUUCUUUAUUUUUGUUUUUUAGUUGACCCCAAGCCCCACAAGGACCAUUCAGAUUCAGCUUCCAAAAGACUUCACCUUAAAGCUUCCGGAAACAGAGACACGGAAACAGCGACCUUCACUAUGGGUAGGUUCUUUCCGGUCAGCUCCGUCAGAGUUGAAAACGUCAAUUCAAACGUUGGUGGGUUUGUUGAUAUAGCAAAUGAUAGCAAAGCUGAUGAGGAGAUGACCUCAAAUGAUACUGUGCUCGUCUCAAAUGAAACGGAGACGGACAUAUUUGCUAACGAGACGACACCACAAUACGUCUUGAUGUCGCAUCCCUUAUUGACCUUGAACGAUUCCAGAUCACACCUUGGACGAUCAUCCACAUUUGCAUACGCGGACUCUAACAUGGCUGUCAGGAAAGCGAAGCUUCUUUUCCAAAUUUCACAGAACACAGAGAUCUCUGUGAUUACUCUUGAGACCCCGGCCUUCUCCAAUUCCCAGAGCGUACCUUCAAGUUUACAGUUGCCCGCGGGAAGCUCUAGACAUUUGCAGGGAAUUUUUGGCAUUGCUUCAAACACGAUUUUGUCCAAUAACCGUGUUGAAUUAACAAGUACGCCUGUCAGCUUUCCUUUGCAAUCAGAAGCUCUUCAACGCACGGGAGUAUCAUUAAGCACGACUUCACGAGAUUCUCAAGACCUAAUGACACCUGUGGCUCAGCUAGAGCCAACACCCAGCUUCGUAUCUACUACAAAGGAGACGUUUAUUACAGACUCUGGUAACCUCGGACUAAUGUCAACAUUCGAGCUACCCACUUCUUUCCUUAUUCCAAAUUCGGCAACAGUGCAGCCAUACGGCGUGGAACCAAGCUUCGUUUUAUCCCGUGACCUGAAGUCGUCAAUAUCAGACCCCUAUGCGAGAUUUGAAACUCUGAAGUUUACAAAACAGUCGCACGCUUCGGACGAUAACCUCAUUGAACGCACCCCCACUUUAGAUAGUACGAUGCUUAAACACGAACUCAUAUCUUCGCCAGUAGAGCUUCAUCUUGCGAAAAGGAAGCAUACAUCACAAGGAAUACUAGACAUUACUCCUGAAACGCUAAUGAUACCGUCUGCCAAGAUUCAAAGCUAUGCAAAUGAAAUGUCGAUUUGGUCUGAUUUCUCUGGAACAGAAUUUCCUACCCUGGUAGAAUUGACAGAUGUACAGUCAGUUAGGGCAACACCCCAUGGAACAGAUGCCUUUCCCUCCCCGUUGCUUUCCAUGUCUAUUCCUGUACCUCGCUUUGAAUCUGGAACAACUGCUACUAAAUUACCAGAGGAAGACAUGUAUAGUCAGUCAUUUUCCACAGAAUGGGAAGAAGGAGACAAGAGAACACCAGGUUUGAUGGUAGCUGCCGUAAAACUUUACAGUUCAGAAGUGUUACCUAUUACAAUAGCGGAAUCCAUAAAAAUUGACAGUUCUCUAACAGCUGCCAGUGAUCUUAGUAGAGAUUUGUUGCCGUCCUCAGAAACGUUAGUUAUCCAACCCACCAAAACCAUCAUGCCAUCGUCUAGUAGCCUGACAUUUAAAAGUAGUUACAUUUUUUUGGAGUUUUCAGGACUUCACCAGGAUGGUUCUACUUGGAGAUCGUCUUCUGUCAUCGAACCUUCACCUUUAUUGAGUGCGUACGUUGACACUAGAGAAACCGCCAGAAUGACAACUUCUUCUGAGCAGAGUUCGCCGUCAACAAGGUCUUCUAAAAUGGAAGUUGAGCGGGAUCAAAUCCCCUUCAUAAACAUCACACCAAGACCAAUCGAGCCUCCUGAUUCUUUCAGCAUGGGCAAUGCAACAUCCUCUGAUUUGGAGGUUUCCGGACUUAACCAGGGUGGCUCUACGUGGAGACCGGUUUCUGCGACUGAACCUUCACCUUUACUAAGGACGCAUUUCGACUCUAGGGAAACCACCAGAAUUACAACUUCUGAGCAGACUGCGCCGUCAACAAGGUCUUCUAAAAUGGAAGUUGAGCGGGAUCAAAUCCCCUUCAUCAACAUCACACCAAGACCAAUCGAGCCUCCUGAUUCUUUCAGCAUGGGCAAUGCAGCAUCCUCUGAUUUGGAGUUUUUAGGACUUUACCAGGGAGGCUCUACGUGGAGACCAGUUUCUGUGAUUGAAGCUUCACCUUUACUAAGUACGCAUAUUGACUCUAGGGAGACCACCAGAAUUACAACUUCUGAGCAGACUGCACUGUCAGCAAGGUCUAAUAUAGUGGAAGUUGAGCGGGAUCAAAUCCCCUUCAUCAACAUCACACCGAGAUCAAUCGAGCCCCCUGAUUCUUUCAGUAUAAACAAGGCAACAUCCUCUGAUUUGGAAUUUUUAGGACUUGACCAGAGUGGCUCUACGUGGGGACCGGUUUCUAUGAUUGAACCUUCACCUUUACUGAUUACACACGUUAAAACUAGGGAAACCACCAGAAUUACAACUUCUGAGCAGGCUACGCCGUCAGCAAGGUCUAAUAUAGUGGAGGUUGAGCGGGAUCAAAUCCCCUUCAUUAACUUCACACCAAGACCCAUCGACCCCUCUGAUUCUUUCAGCAAGGGCCAGGCAAUAUCCUCUAGUGGGGUUUACAGAUCUAAUUGGAUGCAGUCAACCGAGGCAAACUUCUCCGAACAGGGUACCCAUUUGAUGAUUCCUUCCGUAUUGGAAACGGGAAAAAGUCACUUACCUGCCGUGACGCCAAAACUGCAAGGUCUUCCUAGCUUAUCAGAUGUCUAUCCUUCAAAGACGAUUUCGUUGUUCCCCUUUUCUGAUGCAAACAACUUGAGUCUAGUGUAUUCAACAAGCGCGAAGUUCUCUAGUGACAACGGACAGAUACAGGGCAAUUAUAAGUCACAAGGGCGCAGCGAUGUAGAUCGGGCUGUAACAUCAAGAGAGGUCGAGUUUUCAAGGUUUUCGGUCGUUUCUCUUAGCGAAGUACAAUCGUUGACGUCUCCUUUUGAAGCAAGCAGAUCUGGUGUGGUGAAUUUAACUGCCGACAGUUUUCAGUCAAAUGAGGGUUCACAGUUAAGGACACAAGUAGAACGGGAUCCUAUCGCUAUCGUGACACCGAAACUGGAGGAGCCGUCUAGUAUGACCAAUGCCUCAUAUAAAAAGAUGGAUAGUUCUGCUUUCCUUCUUGAUAAACCCCUCAAUGUAGUGAAUUCAGGCAUUUACAGUUCCUUUGAACAGUAUACACAGUUAACCAAGUCUUCCGCAGUACAACAGAAAAUAGAAGAAGUCCCUGUUGGGAGUCCACCAUAUAUCAAUAAUUUAUAUAGCUUGUCAGUUGACUUUUCAAGAGAGAAAACAAGUCUCUCCUUCAGCAACCCAAGCGUGUUAUAUUCAACCAUCGCAACUUUUCCUGGACAGAAAGCAAAGUCAGUGACCGAGAAUCCACAAGAUCAAGUGUCGUCAGGCUUGUUAAGGCCAAACAGCGCCGUAAGCUUUAUAGUGUGGCCUCACAAAGAAACACAGCAGGUUUCGGAAAUAAAUAGUGUUAGUAUUGUAUUUCCAGAAAUUCUGUCUUCUCCUGGACAAAGUCCGCAGUUGAACGGUCUUUUCAGAACAACUACAGUGCCCAUCACGACACCAGCAAAACAGGAAUUCGCUAGCUUGGCUGAUUACUCAUCUAACGAAUUAAAUUUGCCACCUUUCGCUUAUGUUAACACCUCAGUAUUGGAGCAAGCCACGGUUUUAACUUCAGCUGAGCCUUUUAAGGUACUAGAAGAAAGAGAUGAUAUUCCCAUUGUAAACCAAGGAAUUGAACAUUUUGCUAGUUCUUCAGAAAUACUGAUCACAAAGACACACUCUUCAACUCCAUUUCUGCACGCCGACAGCUAUAAUGUAUGGGAGGGAAAUGAAUUAGGUUACUUGGCUGCCAUGUCAUCUACGAGCUCGAUAGCAGAACAAAGUAAUUUAGAAGUAUCAAGCCCUUCGUUGACCUUCGAAGCAAGGACGGGAGCUGUUUCUUUUUACAGUGAGAGCAAAAACGUUCCUUCAACCACAAGAGGGAGUAACAUCGGCACAUUAAAGACCUCAAGAGGCCCGGUCCGGGCCUCGUCCCAGCAACAGAUCAGUUUUUCAGCCAUACCUACAAAUGGCGCUUAUUCACUGCCCUUGAAGAUACUUUCAACAUCAUUGCAAGAUGAUGCCACAUCAGUACCUUGGGUGUUUGGAAAAGCAACGUUGAUGGAGUCCACGCGUUUUACUGGGGGUAUUGCGGAACUGGAGCUGCCAGCCACGAGGACGAAUUCCCCUAUGAUGACGCUCCUGUCCUUUAAACAAACUACCUCGCAUACAAUGCAUGCAACUGGCACAUCUACAAAGCCUUCCAUGUUAUCUUCGUCUUCAGAAAUUUCAGCUUUAGAUCAAGCAUCAUCUGCCAUAUUAACGUCUUUUUCAGGGGAUGUGUCAGUUUUGGAACCGAGAGCCGCACGGGCGAACGUCCCUCUUAUCACGUCACCAUCGAUUUCACAACCAUCGUUUACAGUUGCAGCACAAAAAGCAACUGUACCUGGUAUUUCAUUAUUGAAUCGGUUAGAUCACCUGGAUAGAUCACCUGGGCAUAAAUUUAAAACUCCAACCCCAACAAUCACAUCAGUCAAGCCGAAUGUAUCAUCAAACAUCAUUAUUCUACAGACUGGAGUAUCAGAUAUUACGGGUGCCAUAGAAACAGUUUUCUCUAACGGGAGAGCUAGUUCAGUCCCACUUCAACUCGGGGCAGAUUUAGAGGUCUUACCAAAUAUCACAACUGAUCUACUUGCGUCACUGAAAGAUAAAAGUAAAAUAAUACAUUCCUCCAGACGAAGGGAUCCAGCUGUUCACUCCCGUCAAAUUAACGUCACGUCAAUUACAUUCCCGUCGACUGUGAAUGAGUUCACUUUAACAGAAGUGUACAAGACUGUUCCCGUUCCACCCAUUGCUUCAAGAAUACAUACUGUUAUUUUAGCCCCAAUUACAGUGCCUUCAUACUCGUCCAGCACAACGUUGCGUUUACCUUUGACACCGUAUGUAUCCCUGAAAAUACAAGGCAUAUCUCGUGGAAAUGUAUCAUCAAUAACCACUUUCAAAAAUGAGAGCGUUAGCCCCGCGGCUCGCAAAACCUCUGAUACGCUUCAGCCUUCUUCUUUCAGUGCGUCUUUAGGGAAAUUCCUGAACUUUACGUUAACGCCUCUUUCGAAGACUCUUGAAGAAACUCUCAAUAAGGUGAAAAGAAAGGACAAGGUAGUUCGCGCGCUUGCGAGUGGAAUAGUCUCGAGCCCUGUUUUUCACCUGGCUGUUCGACACAUCGGAGAGCUUCUGAAGAAUGAAACAGGUUUAGUCCAUUCCGUUUCUCGGCUUGAAGACAUGUUGGGACAUUUACAGAGACUUGUGAUACGUGUAACUAAAAAUCAUGUAAGAAAUACAACUAACUGGCAAUUGCCUCUCUUCGAUUCUUUAGCGCGAGAUAGUGGCACUGAUAACAUAUCCAAACAAGUGAAUUUAAAACUUGAAGCUAUUUCAUCCAAGCUGAAAAGGAUAUCGUCAGUUCUUAGUGUAUUGCAGUUGAAGAGUCGCAGCGAACAAACAAAUAUUAAUGCCGUUGAAAGGUCUAAUAUAGAUCGUCCAGGAACAAGCACUGCAAUUUUUCAUAAAGAACGUCCUGGCGUCUUGACAAAAGCUGAUAAGAAGCACAACAGGCUUUUAGAACUUCUCUUAAGCAGAUUUAAUAAACUAGAGUCAAUGAUUCAAAACAAGCGAUCCUUGGCAAAUGGCACAAGCUCUUCUGGGAGAAACAAUUCUCCGGGGUUAAACACACCUACGAGCAUGCGGGCUAUUGUUGCGAGCCCUACGGUCGGAUAUACUGGAAUGUUACAUUCUGUUUUGAACUCAGAUUUCCUACAGGGAGACACAAUCCGUUCUACAAUUUUACAUACUCCUUCCAUCGCCUUUAUUCCGAAGCGUCUUCUUUCAAAAGAGCUAAUGACAACACCAAACUACAAGAUGCUUUAUACAGCAGAAAAGCGGAUAAGCGGGACUGUGACUUUCUCGAAAAUUUUAUCAACGGUCCGUGCUUCUACAGACAGUCAUAGUAUAAAUAACAAAACCUUAUCUGUUCCAUCAUCUGUUAAUAAACUAGAACCCUUUUCAGGAGUUGGGUUGGGAAAAAAUACGACAGGCUCUGUCAAACGUAGCAAGGAAUUCACCUACGUCACAUUUCGUGGUGGCCUGGAGGCUGGCAUUUUCACAGAUCGUGGGAAAGUGGAGUCCAUGGAAACCUGUGUCGAGCUCUGUUAUCAUCAUUCAACCUGCAGCGUGGCUUUCAUGGUUGGACACACUUGCUAUUCUAUACAGUGUUACAGUCAAAAGACCUGUGAAGUGCUGCCUUUUGACACAAAUGUCAUCAGUACCCGUGUGGUGUACCUUAAGGACAGAAUGCUUCGGUUACCGUACACCAUCAAUGGUCAUCCCACGGCCACCUCUCUGUUAACUGAUAGCAAUUUUACAAUCAGGAAUUGUGCUAAGAACAUUACUGUUUUGAAGAACAUGACGUUCGUGGCCGGAAUGAGCGCGGGAAACUACACUGAUUAUGGCACUGUAGACAGUAUCCAGGCUUGCUCGAACAUUUGCUGCUCAAAGAAGGUAUGUGACGCGGCUUUUAUGAUCCUCAACAACUGCUUUACAAUUGAUUGUGUCAGUGAAAAGGCCUGUCACGCAGUUCCGUCAAAGUCACGCAAGGUCAACACAUCCAUUGUCUACUUCCGCAAGACUCUUUCAAAGACACAAGAGCCUAGGAGAUCUACUGUCAAAGUUGAGCAACAGUGUUCUCUCUAUAAAAGUAUCCUCAAAGAUGUUACAUUCAAUGGAGGGAUGAACGCUGGAAACUUCACGGAUCAUGGAUUUGUCGACGAGUUCUCUCUUUGCAUUGAAAAGUGCUGUCACUCGAAGAACUGCGAUGUUGCCUUCAUGGUCCAAAAUAAUUGUUACUCUGUUAAGUGUGCAAAAAACAAAAGACGCUGCCUUCCAGUAACUGCAAGAUUAACGCAGUUCAAAACGUUUAUGGCUUUGCGAAACACAAGUUAUUUUCAAAGCUUCAAACCUCUUGCCAUAAGUCACGGAAACUGUGCCCAAGUCGGACACGCCCAAAAUGGGCUCACAUUUAAAAGAGGCAUUAAAGCCGGAACUUUUACAGCACAUAAUAAAGUGACUGAUAUGAACCAUUGCUUGCAGGAGUGUUGUAGAAUGUCCUCGUGUAAUGCUGCUUUUAUGAUUGGAAAGAAAUGCUACUCCGUCUCAUGCGCCACCAAGGAAGAUUGCAAAACAACGCCAGCGAGGAAGACGAACCUUAUUACAUCCAUCGCUUUUGUGAAUCGGACACAUAAUAAAAGUACAAACCGCACUACUGGUAACGAAAAGCUGGGUGAAAUAAAUAAUUUUACAAGGAGCAUCUUGAGAGGGCACUGUGAUAUUACUGAUGAACAACAGAACGUUAAUUUAACAGGGGGAUGGCGGUCUGGAAAGUUUCUUCGACUUCCUGACAUUACAGACAUGACAAAAUGCACUGAGGCGUGCUGUGAUUAUCAUGGAUGCGGUGCUGCUAUGUUCAUUGACCGGUAUUGCUACAAUCUGAUAUGUUUUAAGAAGAAUGGUUGCCACUUUAUAGGAACGAAAAAGGCAUUUAUGAUAAACAAAUUUGUUGCUGUAAGAAAGAACUUGGGACAUAUUAUGCCUCCGUUUAAGAAAGCGCAAAUAACUUUGUUGACUGCGUCCAAAGAGCACGUAAAUCGCUCUAUUUUCAUGAAAGAUGUUCGAAACGCUAAAAUUACCCGAAACAAAACAUUGAAUGUGGAACCCUCAUUAAGUACCACAAGGAACAUUGAAACGUCUGAUCUGUUCCUUCACUUCACUGGUUCUCAAUCCAUCCAGCCUACACAAGCACGGCAUCAAAAAAGUAGUGAAGGUCUUCAUAGACGUGUUUCAAAUUCUAACGCUAAGAAACACGAAAUUCCAUCAGUUACAUUACCGGAGCAAGGCGGACUUAUUUACAGUGCGUCGUCGCCCAACAAGUGGUCGAGUGUCAAUUUGUAUCCCAGCUCAACUGAUGGCGCCAGUCAAACGUCUUCAAGCAUCGCCAAAAGUGUAGUAAAUGGCUCAGACGGUGGAAAUUCCUUCAGCAGCGUGGGCCCUGUAACGCCAACAUUGGUGUCGUUGCCGUAUAGUGUCAUAAUAAAGCCUUCGUUAUCCGACGCAAGAAAAGUCGAUAGCUCAUUAAGACAAUCACCCAGUUAUGUGAGGUCAUUGAAUGAAACAAGAACUAAGCUUGACACUGCUCUCGUCUCGAGUCCCGUGACCAACAAGAAUGGAAAUGACGUAUUAACGGGAAAAAGUGAAUCAUAUUCCUUUAAAAGCGACUACAGUCUUCUAAAGGAUUUAAGUAACUCAAACAGAAAAAGAUCCUACGCCUGUACCCACACGUUUGUUUUUAAUAACUCCACUUUGCGUGGUGGUCUGACGGCCGGAGACGUCAAAAACGAAGGCCUAGUUGAAGGGAUGGAACAGUGCGUCGACUUGUGCUGCAAGACACUGGAAUGUAAUGUCGCGCUUCUAAUUAACGAGGAGUGUUAUAUCGUGGCAUGUACUAACAAGGUACGUUGCGAGGCAAUUCCUGAUAAAGAAAGGGGUGGCAACACAAAGGUUGCCUAUGUAGCGCGCAAUACGGACGAAGCAGAACUUAUAAAACAGCUUAUUAGUCACACUGAGACAUCGAAGUUGAAAGAUCUCAAUGUGAGUAAAACUAAAACAGAUAAAGUGAUGGAAAACAAAGUACCACCGAUGGCAGAUCUGGGCGUCCGUACAGGCUCGUGCAUUCGAAGUCCCGUGCUGCGUGACGCACGUCUUAAGUUUGGAAAACAAGCCGGAGAUUUCAAAUCAGUUGGUAAAGUAACCAGUGUUGACGAAUGCGUUACGUUAUGCUGCAAUGCCAGUGCCUGUAACGCAAUCUUUAUGUUAGGAUCCAGAUGUCACCUGGUGUCAUGUUCCAAUGAAUUUGACUGCCAAACUGUCGAAGCAAAGUCAGAGUUCUAUAAACCGACUGUGGUUUAUGUGGCCAGGAGUAAGAGUGAAGUAGCUUAUUUCUUCAAAAUGAUUCCAAAAGAGCUCUUGAAAAAAUAUGCUGGUGAUGGUAUGGUCGAUGUGAAUGCUACAACUAAAGACGAUGUACCAACUGUUCGAAGAUCUCACUUGGAGCACGUAAACAGUGGUAGAAGCAUUGAAAGCUCUUUGGUAAGAGGGCAUAGUUCAAGGCUCAAAUCAACAGUCAAAAUGGAAUCGCAAAGUUCCAUUCCCAUUCCUCUUUUGCAAGCCAGUUCUGGGUUACUUAGAAGCGUUCCUGCAACGAUAGCUCCUACACUAAAACUGCCGAACUUCCCACCUAUUCACAACAGAAAUGAUGCAGAUCUCAGUAGUGUAAAUGUGGAAAGGACUCUGUCCCAAGUAGUAGCCUCGUCGCAAAUCCUCGUCUCCGAUUUGCAGAGUGCAUCAAAUUAUGAACAAAAUUUAUCCAUGGUCUCCUCAGCGCAACAAAAACUUAUCUCUUCAGCAGGGGUUGUUGUGUCAACGUCAAAACCGGCAUUGGAUUCUUCAAAUGUCUUCCACGCUCGGAUUGUACCCACAAACGUUCUUGGAAGUGUAAGAGUUAAAGAAAGUCGAAAGAAGGAUGAAAUUUCGUUAUCAAAUCCCGUGCAAAGUCUAACAGAACUGGCGAAAUCGUUGAGCGGUUUAAAUGUUUCUACAGUGUUUACCUCUCUAACACCGGGCUCGCCGAACGUAUUUUCUACUCCAGUAAUAUUGCGUCUUAAUGUGUCCCCCAUCACCUCAAUCGUAAGGAGGCAAUACAUAACUGGCAAGGCAGACAAACUUAUAAAUUACCGUAGGCCACCUUCGUCUUCUAUACAAACUAUAGCUGGAGUGGCAUGGACCAGUGUCCAAAAAUCAUCGGAAAUUACAAGUCAGGUUCAAGGACCUUCAAAUCAACCACGUACGGUUGUCCCUAAAUCGCCGUUAAUCGAGCGAAGCGUGUUUCCGUCAGUAACGGGAUUGACAGUAAUAAACUCAAUAAACACGUCCACUUUUGUUAAUUACACUUUAUCGAAAACGGUUAAACCGAGUAGUGCUGUCCAUAAAGAAGACAAGAGCACGUCCUCGACCAACAGCAACAGACUUUCUUCUGUCGACUCGAAUCUUAAAGUUGCUUUAAACAGAAAGGACCUCCUACGUAUGAUGAACAUCACAAUUUAUGCUUCUCGCUCACAGCCAUCAAAAGCUAAAGAAAAGCCAUCUCCAUUUCAAGAAAGAUCAAACACCGGAGCAUUCCGUUCCACCUUUCCACUUCACUCUUCAGUAAGUGCGCUCAAAAAGAAAACUAUAGAACUUUCCAGUUCCAAAAACGGUCCUUCCAUUCCAAGUAACCCUGUUUUUGCUCAUAGUAAUACACUUGGUUAUAUUACCUCUACUUCAUUGGGGAAGACUAGCACACAGCUUAAAGGUAGUUUUAACGAGUAUAAAAGGGAGGAGAUCGCUGGAUUAAACGCUACUUUCACUACUCAAUCUUCUUCACCAUACUAUAAAGAUACAAAGACAAGAAAGGUAGUUGAAUUGAGCAGCGAUAAAGAAACUGAAAGUAGUAAAAAGUCAAUCGGGACAACCGACGUACCAAUGAAACCGCUAGCCUCCACAAUGAAAGUCAACAGUAGUCACAGCGUUUCGUUUAAUAGCCAUACUUCCCCGCGAACAAAUAGACUUCUAGACAUUUUGUCCUCACCUUCUUCAUCCUUGUCAUCUAAGAAGAUCAUACACACCUUGAUGUCUAUUCAUGAAAAUACGCGGAUGAAGCUACAACGUUUGACAAGUAACGCCUUCGGGGUACAGACAUUUAGGGCGCGUCAUACAGUGAGCAAGGGUGGCGUGAUUUCAAGCUCUAGUCUACCCUCUACGUCCCAGACAAGAAGAGCUGCUCCGAUUUUAGCGUCAUCUAGUUAUUUAGUGGUAACCAGUACCGUUUAUCCAUCUUUUAUUUUUUUCGAAACACCUCUUUUCAGUGGUGAAAAUACACUGCCUGUUGUAGCCACAAAAGCUUUUAUUUUGCAAACGAGCACAGACAGUGUCAAUGACCAGUUUGUAUCGUCGAAACGCUUCAAAACCGUGUUGAAUACGAUCAAGACUCCUACAGUUAGCGAGAUCAGUAGCAGGACAUCUAUACAAAAUACAAGGACCAGAUCACAAGCUACUUCUUUAGUACAGACGAAGUCUUCCUUAGUUAAUAAAAACGUACUUAUCACCCAGCUGUCUUCAGAGGCUUUUUCGGUACAGCAAUUGUUUAAAGCUGGAGCAACUUUGUCCCAGCCGUCUGGAUCGAAUCGUCUAUCAGCACCUGAAACCAAUGAGUAUCUUUCUUCCGGGUCAGAGAGAUCUUCAUUUGCCUUGUCAUUGUCCCCUAGUGCAAGUAUACGUGUCCGAAGUUUGCCCGUGUCCAGCACCGCCUUUUAUGAACGACUUAAUUUCUCCAUUGAUGGUUCAAAGGCAACACCGAGCAAAGUCGGUAGCCAUUUAUUGGAGGCUUCUUUACAUCUUAAUAUUCCUUCCUCAAACCAUUCAUCAUCAAGAAUUACUAUUGGAGACGUUGGCUACCGUAUGGGGAAUUAUGAAAAAGGAACGAAUCAGUCAUCAUCUGCUAUAGCCAAGAAGCGCGUCGAAAUACCACAUCUUGCGGGUGGUUUAUUGGAACAAAUAAAAGUGCUGCAUCCUUUACCUCCGAUACACCAGCAUUCGUCCAGCGGCUUUAUUUCAGACUCCACACUAAUAUCAGGAGCGUUACUUGAACAAAUUAGUUUUCUUCGAGCCAAAUCACCUCGAGAACCUUCCGUUACCAUGCCUCCUCGGUUGCCUCUCACUUCAACUACCUCUGUGGUAACAAAAGUAUCAACAAGUGGGAGAAGACCGAUUGCAAAAUUGGAUAAAGCAGACUAUAUUGGGAGUUUUACGUCCGUAACAUCCUUGGCGAUGCUAGUGAACACAAGGAGUGGGUACACAAAUGACCAAAAAGAAAACUAUGUCACGGCUGCAUUAAAAACAAUCCAUAGUAGGUCCAAGGGUUUGUCUAUUGCUGAAGACGGUGACAAAGCCACGCCGUCAAAGACAUUUUUUACCCAUCAUGUUCGAACUUCUUCAAGUUGGGAAAAUACUAGACAUCCCUUACUUCCAUCACAUUCUGAAUCCGUGAAGGUCAGGAGACCGAUUUCGUCUUUCAUGGCCCAGACGUCAAUACUUAUACCCAGCAAGAUGUCGACGUCUUUUCCUACAAGCACUCCUGCACCUCUGAUAUCACAAAAACGACCUGGACCACACUUUGCGAAAGAGGAACGUUUGGAAAGUUCCAAGGAGACAAGUCAAGUAGUAAAAGCAAUGCCUCGCCUCAAGAAUAAAAAACUGCAUUCAGCUGAAGAAACUAGUGACGGAGACAAAGCUGGAAUGUUUGGGUAUUUUGCACAAUUACUUAAAAGCAUCAAAGACAUUCUCACCAAAAAGGGAACCAAACACCAUAAUAAUAUCAUGUCGAAUAGCACUGACGUAAAUGGACUUCACACAAGUUACACGUCUAUGAAGCUUGCAGCAUCACCUGUUUUCUCAGGGUUAGAUUCUAGUACUAAACAGCGUUUCGACUUAAGCACCGCUCCUCUGAAGACAAUCGUUUCGGGUGCAAUAUUCAAGCAAUCCGCUAAUACGCAAGUGUCCACGGCUCAAUUGAGAAGCAUGUCUCCAACCUCCCUGAAACAAAAAGCAUCAAAGGAUCUGGACAUUUCAAUAGCAAUGCAACCGUUGGGUGAUGUGGCUUUGAAUAUAACUGGAAUACACAAAGCAACUUUAUGUAAGCGUUCGAAAGUGAAUCGAAACUCAACAUUGAGAGGGGGCAUACACGCCGGCCUGAUGAGAGAAAUAGGAAAAGUGAAUAGCGACACUGAAUGCAUUAGCCAAUGUUGCUUUUCAAAAACUUGCGAUGUGGCAUUUUUGCUUUUAAAUCGCUGUUUUCUGAUCAGUUGUAAGAACAAAACUCUUUGCGAGAGCGUCCCUGCUAAGACUCUUAAGUUCUCACCUAGACUAAUUUACGUACAGAAGAAAGAAAUGCUUCCCAAAGAAAGCAGUGGUCAGACAUCAUUCGAAUCAUCUGACUAUGACUUUCAAAACAAAAUAACGCUAACCAGUCAUCGAUCUAAGAUAUCCACCUACGGCAUCUCAGCUAGCAUCUCAGCAAAAGCAGGUUCGAGUACAUCAAUUUCUGUUCUUACGGAUGGAAAGCAAGUGCGCUUUUGCGAGACUUCAAUCAUUGAGAAAAAUGUAACUCUUCGUGGUGGAAUUAAGAGUGGACAAUUUACAGAUCAAGGAACUGUUGAAAAUAUGCAAAGAUGUAUUGAACUCUGCUGCAGCAGAGGCAAUUGCAGCGUCGCGUUUAUGCUGUUAAACCGCUGUUUCUCCGUGUCGUGUUACAAUAAUACUCUGUGCACAAGCAUUCCUGCACGUAGUUUAGUUUUUCAGCCUCAGUUGGCCUUUAUUAGAAGAGAUUCACAUUCGGAGGUUUUGCCUUCUCUUCAAUUAAAGAAGAUCUCGAAAUUACAGGUUAGUAGCAGUACAUUAUUUUCUACGAGUGAACUCAGAAGAAAAGAAAACACAAGCAGAGUGGUUCAUUCCCAAGAAAACUGUCGAUAUAGAAACGCAGAAAAACAGAUGACUUUGCGUGGAGGAUUGAACGCAGGUUCAUUCUUGGAAACUGGCGUUGUUGCUAAUAUCGAGCAAUGCGUCAAUCACUGCUGUCACGCAACUACAUGUGACGUGGCCUUUAUGAUCAUGACGAGAUGCUUUCUAGUCAAGUGCUAUAGCUCCCGCCUUUGUGAAAGCAUUCCUGUGCGAAACGUUGGCUACCUGACUCAAAUAGUGCACAUGUCAAGAGAUGAAACCGCAGUGGUACGAGAUCUUCUCGCGAGGUUGGUAAAACCAUCUUCGCCAAGCUUUAACACCAGAAACGACCUUAAAAGUUCGUCGACAUCCUCAGGGAAAGCCUAUGAAAAUGGUGCCUCUUCAAAGGUAAUUGCCCAAUCGGCUGGCAUCCCAGGAAGUGAGACAAGUCACGAACGUUCAAGGCCCAGCGGUAUCGUCUCUGGCCUCCAUAUGGGAUCUGUGUCUCCAACUAUGCCACCCGCUGUACCUGUUGAAGGGGCGUUAAUCGAAUCAGCCAUUGAGCCAGUCAAUGGAAACAAACUUGACAUUGCUGAAUUGAUUCAAACGAAAGGUAUGUCAACAAGGCGAAACAACACUCGUCAUACACUUCAUAAAACAAUUACGCCAUCGGCACUGAAAGAAAAUCCAACGUUAUCGAGCUCUAGAUGGCUUGAAAACGGAGGAAAUGUGAGUCUAAAAGGACAGAAAUUGGUACCUGCGGGAGCAUUAACGGAAGAUGAAAUAUGUCAAAGUGCAGUUGUUUAUUACAAUGCAACCAUGCGUGGAGGAAUUAAUGCUGGGAUUUUCAAGGACCAGGGACCCGUUCAAAAUAUGCGGAAAUGCAUUGAACAGUGUUGUCGUUGGCAGUUUUGUAGUGUAGCGUUUAUGCUCUUGACUCGAUGUUAUACCAUUGCAUGCUACAAUGAUCAUUUGUGCGAUCCUGUUCCAGCAAGAAAUGUGACUUUCACACCUAGGAUUGCUUUCAUUUCUCGAGUCAGACGGGAUCAAGGUGACUUCACCAAUAUUCUGAAAAACAUCGCGACACCUUCGCCAGCUCUGCUUAGCAGCACUAUGGAACGCUCGAGUGCUUUAUUCACAGAGUCAAGGUUGCCUUUGAAAAUGCACCAACUUACUUACAGUAUAUCUCAGUCUAUAAUGACUUCAUCUGCAAAAUCUCUCCGGCAGUCUUCAGAGAUUUAUCCUUCACCGACGCAGUUGCUAUUUUCCAAGUCGUAUACACCUAAAGUAGAAUCGCGUCAUAGUUGCUGGAACAGAGAACUGAAACACAAUGUAACACUUCGUGGGGGGUUAAACGCGGGACGCUUUAAGGACAACGGGAAGGUCGAGAAUGUGGAACAGUGUGUGGACUUUUGCUGUAGAAAUGAUCACUGCGACCUGGCCUUGAUGUUAUUGGAAAACUGUUUCACUGUCACAUGUCACAACAAAUACCUCUGUGACAGUGUACCUGCAAAAACGGGCAAAUACAAAUCAAGAAUAGUCUAUGUUGAAAAGAUUCGUUUUUCUACGCGUUUGUCGACUCAUCACUCGACAAAAUCCUUAUCUCUACUUGACGCUGCUCUCCCAGCUAUGGGAGGAAAAAGCGAGAUUCUGACAAAUUUUAUUUCAUCGAGUGGAUUAAAUUCAGAGCAACUUGAGCUUUUGUUGCGUCCUUCACCGUCAACUGCAGGUGACAAUGUCGCAAUACGAAGUACGAUUUAUUUAGAAAAGAAAGCGUCCAGCACACUUUCUACUGGUAAAAACAUUACUAUUAGCCGAAAACACAAUGUUAAACCAACAAUGGACUCGUCGGUGUCGCACAACCAACAACAAAUUACACCGAGCCUUUCAUCGAAAUAUAUAACAUCAACUUCUAAAGUAAGCUUGUUGUCUUUACCAGCAAUCGGUAUUGGCACAACUACUCCAAGUCAUCACGAGCCAUUUAAAUCAAUGAAAGAGGAGGGAGUAAAUUCGGGGCAAAUACCUGGGCUAGCAAAGACUUCAAAGAACUCUUCACUACUCUCUUUCACUCAUCCCUCCUCGUGUCUCAAUAGCCCGAUCUCUUACAAUGUUACGCUACGCAACGGUAUCCGAUCGGGCUAUUUCCGAGACCAGGGGAGGGUUGAGGACAUGGAUGAGUGUUUACACAAGUGCUGCAACUCCGUCAACUGCGAUGUGUCUUUCAUGCUCAAGCAGCGGUGCUACGUCGUCACGUGCUACACCAAAAAAGGAUGUGAGACUGUUCCUGCCAGACACAGCCUGUUUAACCCACGAGUUGCACACGUGCAACGAACCAAUGUUUCCCAGCUGAUGUCAUUCAUGGAUGAGCAACAGACAGUGAGGCGCCCUCGCACCGGCACUUCAAGUGAUCGUAUUACACCGUCUUCGACCCUCCCCGUGCCAGUUAAAUCCCUUAGUCACGAGAGUAAACAUAGCUUAAAAACCAGGAGAGUAUCAGGUAAAAAGGAAACCACGCGGGUGACGCACCACCGUAAAGGCAAAAAGCGCAAAGUUAAAACAAACAAACUUGAAGAAAUGUUUGGUAACUUAGCAACACACCGCAAAGUGGAGCACGUGACGGUAGCACCACGGUUAAACGAAUCGAAAGCAAAAAGUCCCAGAAAAAAUCGUCAGAAUUCCAAGCAAGAAAAUGGGCCUUCUAAAGUCACCAGAGUUCAACGCUUCAAAAAUAAGCUGGAAAAGAAAAAGAAUGAGAAAUUGUCGAACAAGGACUUGGAGCAGCUUUUCCGGCUCAUGAAACGCAAGAGCAAAAAGAGUAAUCGUAUGAUAUCAGACUUUUCAUUUAAUAAUACAGAAACUUUCGCAAUGAGCUCGAUGAAUCAGCGAAUAAAACCUACUUUUCCUGUGAAAGAGAAAAAUGUAACCUCACAAAAGUCGGACAAAAUUACCGACAGUGAAAGGAGUUCUGCAUCUCAAGUUAAAGAUCUUUUGCAAGAGGAGGGAAAGGCUAAAAAGUCAAGUCCUACGAGUCGUGUUAAAACUAAAAGCAAUGGCAGUAAAUUGCCCGAUAACAUUUACAAACCAACUACAGCUGCUUCCGGACAGAUUGUCAAGCAGAAACUAAAAUCAAAGAAACAGAAAAGAAUGUUCCAUCAUAAACACGAAUAUCUGACCACAAAAUCCACAGUUCCUUCGCUACCUAUACCGACGUCUAAUCUUCAACAGUUUGGUUGCACAGCUUUUAAAGUGGAGUAUAACAAGACCCUGCGGGGAGGUCUCUCUUCAGGCUUGUUUCAUGAGGUUGGAAAAGUGAAUGAUAUAAAAACAUGCGCCCGUCACUGCUGCAAAAGCGCCAUAUGUGAUUUAGCCUUUAUGGUAUUAAAACACUGUUUCUUGGUCACGUGUUCAAGUUCAAACACUCGCCUGUGCGAAAGUACACCAGCUUUGGCGACGAAUUUCAACCCGAUCAUAUCUCGUAUUUCACGUGGUGGGAAGGACCAUGUGUUGGCAACGAUGAAAAACAACAAACCAGCUCCAACUGUUAAACCUACUUCCCCUCCACCGACACUAUCAGCAAAACGGCCAGUCACGUUAGCGUCAAAAAUCACCGGUACGAUGACCGCUAUGAGUGAACCUCGCCCAACUGUUAAGCAAUUUUCAACGACGCUAAGAGCUACGGGUGUGGGAUAUAAUAGUUCAUUGCACUUUAUUGCAAGGCUGCAUUCCUCGUUAGGCUGCACUGCGUCCUCAACUGAGCAAAAUGUUACUCUUAGGGGUGGUCUACAUGCGGGAAAGUUCUUAGACGCGGGUAUAGUGAAGGAGUCAUCAGCAUGCACUGAGUUGUGCUGUAACGCCAGCAGCUGCGACGUGGCGUUUUAUGCUUUCAGUCGAUGUUUCCUGGUGACCUGCUUUGACGAGUUUCUCUGUUCAUCAACGCCAUCUUUGUUGCCAAAUUUCAAUCCAACAGUUACUCAUGUUUAUCGCCGUCAUUUCAAACCUACACGUAAACCUGCAACAACUGUACCUGCUAUAAAUGAUGUGUUCCAGGCGAUUGAAAAUAACACCGAACCCAAGUUAAAACCUGAUGGUAACAAAAAGAAAACCUGCAAACAUUCUGAAGUCUUUGACGAUGUAACCCUUAGAAUGGGCUACAACGCUGGGAAUUUCACCUCGCUUGGAAAAGUCAACCGUACAAGCCAGUGCGUGGAGUUUUGUUGUAAACAGAGCCAUUGUGACUUGAUUUUUAUGUUUCUUGAUAACUGUUUCACAGUUUCGUGCACAAGUGGUUAUGCAUGCGGAAUUGUGCCAGCACGACCGUCGCAUUUUAAGCCCAAGAUCGUUUAUUUCCAGACGAAUAACUCUAGAACGACCAUAAAACCAUCUAUUUUUAACUCCACUAUUUCUGGUAUUAAUGAUAAAGAAAAACAACCCGUGAAUUUGGUUCAUUACAAGGAGGUUCCAUCCAGCAAGAAAAAUCGGAACUCAUACAAGAAAGAUUUUAGCCUGAAUAACAAAACGAUUCAAACAAUCGACGAAGAAUUCGUGAUUGAUCCCGACGAUAAAAUCACAACUCGCAACGUAAUAAAAUCAACUGGAAACGGAGUUAUUCAUGUUACAAGUCACAACGCUAGUGAUCAUUCAUCUGAUAAAAUUAGCCUGCACAAUAAAACCAAGUAUCGAAAAGAGAGUCUUGAGGUCAGCGGGACUGAAAAUACUGAUGAAAGCAAAGCAGAAAAAAGGAUGGAUAUGAUGAUAAAGAAAAUAGCCGAUGUCAGAGAGGAGAAUAAACACCUUGAAAGAGAAAUUCGCAUUCUUCUGGGAAAUCAGAGCAGGACGGAACAGAAAAAGACGGUUCCAUCUUUGGGAUCGUCAGUUAGUGAGAGUAUAAAAGGAAACUCCUCGCCCUCUUUGGCGAAGAAAAAGCCAAAAAACAUCAUUCCAAACACAAAGAAAAGGAAGAAUGAAUCACAUCAUAAUGAUAGCUGGUCCGAGAUUACCUCCAACGCCACAAAGAGAGUUGUUCUUGUGGAUACAGACAGACCACUUGUAUAUCCUCCCACAGAUGAACACAAUAUCGAAGAACACAAAAUUCAAACACUCCAUGGAAAAGUAAAUUCAAAAAUGCACCAUUUGAAUACGCUAUCAGCAGAAAGAGGAAUCAAGAAGCAACACGGCUUUCCUAAGAACAAUUCGAAACAGCUCAAUUCUACCAAUGAACAUUUUAUCGAGGAACGAGUUAUUUAUAAUGCAAAUAGAACAGCCUUAGGUCUGAACACAACGAGAAAGCACCCGGAUGUUGGAGUUGAAGAAGGAUUGGAAAGCAAGUAUGGGCAGCCUGGCCCAGACAAAGAUGAAGAUGAGUUAGACGACACGACAGACUUGAAUACAGACAUCCAAGCAAAGCCGGAGGAAGAACUUGCAUUGGAUAGCUUCGGAAGCAAAGCUAGGGAAGAACUUACAUUGGAUAGCUUCGGAAGCAAAGCUAGGGGUGACAUGAAAAGCAAGGGCGAUGAUACCUUUGAGAUUGAAAAACAGACGGACUCAUUGAAGCAUGAGGAAAAAGUAUUAGUUAAGUCGCGGAAUAAGGAUAGAGAAAGCAUGGGGGACUUGAACGACCAAAGCAACGAAAAAGAAACUAAUGGGCCAGAAGAAAUCACAAUUGAAGUAGAAAAGGAACCCAUGAAAUCCAGUGAGCAAUUAAAAAUCAAUUCGCCAAAUAGACUCGAAAAUCGCACAGAAAGCUUCAAGCAGGAAGUAGAUCAGUCAAAACAAUCAGACUUUCAUCUAGAUGAAAACAGCAAAAGGGAGAAGGAAAAAGAUGAUGGCUUCCGCAAUGAGAGUCAGGAACAGCUAAAUAAACCAGAGAGACCUUCUUGGAUUGGCUCGAAGCAAAAAAGUAAAGAAAAAAUUGACGACUUUAACCAGCGAACAGUAUCAAAGCAUCGGUCAAAUUUCCAAGUUAAUCAACCGAAAGAUAACAAAGCUGAGCAAGCACAAGAAUUCAAAAUUCAAAGUCCAUUACCUGAACAAUCAGAACAGUCGUCCAACUUUAAUCUACAACAAAAUAAUAAAAAGGAGAAAGAAAACGAUAAUGGCUUUGUCGUUGAAAAUGAAACACAGCUAAAGAAACCAGAGGGACUUGCUUGGAUGGUUUCGAAGCAAAAAAGUAAGGAAAAAAAUGGCGAUUUGAACCAACAAACAGUAUCAAAGCAUCGAUCAAAUUUUCAAGUUGAUCAACCGGGAAAUAACAGAAAUGAACAAGAACAAGAAUUCAACAUUGAAGGGUUAUCACGUCGUCAACAUUCAAACCAAUCCGACUUGCAUCUUGAUGAAAACAGACCAAAGGAGAAAGAAAAAGAUGAUGGCUUCAGCGUUAAAAAUGAAAACAGGCCUAAGAAACCCGAGAGACCUUCUUGGACUGGCUCGAAGCCAAAAAGUAAAGAAAAAGUUAACAACUUUAACCAACAAGUCGUAUCAAAUCAUCUAACAAAUUUCGACGUAGAUCAACCGGAUGAAAACAAAAAUGAAGAAGAAUUCAACCUUCAGAAUGUAUCACGUGAACGGAUGAGACCAGAAGAUAAAGUUUGGAUUAACUCAAGUAAUGAAACCGAAGAUGGUUUGAAAAGUUUUCAUGAACAGGUAGUUCCAAAACAUGGGCCGGAUUUCAAAUUCGAUGCUGAAAGAAUGAAAAGCAAUGAUUACGUUAGCAAACAAGAAGGGAACUUUGGGAUGACUUCAAGACACACAAAUAAAGAUCACCUGACAAGUUUUCACGAGCAAAUAGCUCCUACGGAUAAGUUGUAUUUUGAAUUUAGCAAGCCAAAAGAUAACGAGGAUACCAGUCAAAAUGAAGUCCAUUUUAAAAUCCAAGAUAUGGAUAACAAACAAGAAGGCAAAGUUUGGGACACUACCAGGAAUAAUAAUAAAGAUCGUCUGGUGAGUUUCCCCGCGGAGCAGAAAACUCCUGCAAGCAGGGUUCAUUUCCUAUUUGAUAAACACGGAGAGGGGACGAGUAAAAAUGAAUUUCGACUUGAAAAGCAACACGAAGUAGCAGGUAGUGAAUCUGAAGAAACAAAUAGCAAAAAUGUCGAGAAAAUAUCCCUGCAAAGUAAGGCAAAAAAUGCCUCUGAGCCUCAAUUUACCACGUUUGACUCCGAACCGGUGUUAUCCAAUUUUUCUCAGCAAGACGUAUCAUCGAGUGAGCAUAACAUCAAAAAAACAGUUUCUUUGAAGAACGACUUUGGGCACAGCAUUAACAAAGUAAUAAACGUCAACGCGAAUUCAUCUUUCCCUCAGUAUGUCAGACAAGGAGAGCCAGAAAGGUCACGACAAAGAAAGCCCGAGUUAAACGCAAUUUUCGACAAAAUAAAUGAUAUCUACAGUCGCUUACAAGAUCUUAUUGAAGGGAGUUCUCAAAGGACAAAAAAUGCAGCCAAUAGGAAGAAGGUAGUAGUGGUGAACUCCAGGAGACGUGAAGAACUUAUACCCACGGUACCCUCGGUAUUUUCUAGUAAGCCUACUACCCAAAGCCUAAAAAGUAGAAGUAAGGGAGGGAAAGCAGUCAAUGUUAACUCCAGAAGGAGAGAAGAACUUAUACCAACGCCUCCAAGACCUACUCGGAAGACUGCUUUGUCUUACGAGAAAGAAGCAACUCCGUUUCCCACCAAGAAAACAGGAUUUGUCAAAGACUAUACGACAGACAGCGACAAAGGCUCUGGGAUGUCCUCGAAUCACCAUAAAGAAACACUCAUGAAUUAUAUUAAAACCAUUUACAGUCGAGUGCAGGAAUUAUACAACAGAAAAAAGAAGAAUGCUCGCUGGCGAAAGAAAGAUCGCCUCUCUGUUUCUUCGGAGAAAGGAAGGAAAGAAAGAAAAUCUGGUAAAAAGAGAAAUCGCUCUAGGAUAGCGAGAAAGCACCUGCGAAUACCUGUUGAAGAGGCAAUGAUAUUUAAAGAGAUGAAGACAAUAUAUAACAACAUGAAGAAAAUAUACCAUCAGCAAAGGAAAGUUCAGAAGAAUUCUGAAGCGCUUGCUAGAGAAAGCAAAAAACAGAGUCAGAGAUCAUUUAUCCCAAGAAGUUUAAGACUUCAGAAACCUGCGACUAAGACAAGCAGGCCACUGAGUACUCUGGAUCCUAAUAAUAAGCAGGCUCGCCCGCUGAACAAAAGCAUCGCGGAAGCGUCAGAAAAACCACAUGCUCAAACGACUGGUAUGUACCCGCCAUGCAUUGUCUGAUUUUAUAGAUAACCAUAAGAGCAAAAGAAAUGAGAAAGUACUGAAAACAGGUGAACGUAGUCAUAAAUCUGCAAGUGUGGCUUACAGAUCUAAAAGUUUAAUUGCUUGCUGGCUAAAAAGAGAUAAGUUGAACUGGAACUUGAAUGCGUUAAAACGGAAGAACCAAGGAUAUUUUGGGGUAAUUAGACAGAGCUUUUGAUCCAAUAUUUUGACUAAAGAAGCAUUUGUCGGGACAAAUAAGUUAGCUUUUAUCUUAACCUGUUUAAUUUUUGAGCUAGUGAAUGAAGCGGUGGUCCUUACAUUUUUCCGGCGUUUUCGUUUUUUCAAUAUUGCCCUUCUGUCUCGAAAUUAUUGUAACCCAGUAAUGUUGUCUCAAAUUCCUUCACUAUGUCGUUGACAUUGUGAUUUGAUUAUAUAGCAGUAUUAUGACAGAUCUUAAGACAGAUUUUCCUUUGUUUUUCGUUUAAGUUAAACUUUUGUUGAUUCUGUUUUUGUUUAGAUAAUGGAGAUUUCAAACUCUACGAUACCGUUACUGAAAGAGGUACAGAACGCAAGGACACAGGAUCUCAUAGAGUGUUUACCAGCGUGAUCAAAGAAGGCGCCAUUUCUUCCAGUAACCAUGCUUCUUUUCAUCCCACCGUCAACCAGUCGUUCAUUAAUAGAAUUGUCGCAGAGAUCGAAGCUAAACAACCAGUUAUUGGCUCAAUCAGGGACAAUAAGAAGACAACAACGAGCUCUGCCAAUUCUGCAAAGGUUAAUACUCAGAAGUCUGAUGCUUUAGAACAGCUCAUUGAUAAUGUGGCGGACAGCGUGGUCAAAGAAGUUACAAAGGAGUUUACAAGUGAAAGUAACAAGCCAAGUAGACGUGUCACGGUUCCUAAACCCCCACGUCGCAAGAAAAAACUUGAAACACGUAUGCCUCUUCUCAACGAUCGCCGGAGUAAAAAGGACCACAAAAAGGCGCCGCAGGUCUGGAAAGACAUCGCCAAGACAUUUAUCUCCAGUGGCGAACGUGAACUCUCUCCGGAGAUGGACCGCAGCGACGAAAUAAUUGACCACGCGUCGAUUGGUUCUGCUACUGAGAGUCCCCCAUCAUUCACAGUCCCUACACAACAAUCCAUUGCACAUCCACCAAAAUCUUCCUUUGUAAGAUACAAAUCCCGCAGGCCAGAUGCCGAGCAGCCGGGUCGAGAUGAUAUACAGCAGCUUUUUAACUCCAAAAGCCAUUUGAAGUCUAAACUCCGUUUAAGAAAAAAGAAGCCAAUGACACAAAGAGGGAAGAAAAAGCUUACCAUUCCGGCGUCUAGUGAAGGUACGAAUAUGUAGAGUGUAUUGUUAGAUUCCCAAAGAAAUGUGUUGCUAUGAUCGGCCAGAGCGACUAAUCUAAAUCUCCUUAAAGUUUGCACCCUACGUUACGUCCUUACUUUAUUGAGUUAUAAUGCUCAUGGUGGAAGUCAACAGUAAAGCGCGCAGACACUUUUGAACAUUUUAUCUCUUAAAAAUACCGCGUGCCUUUAAUAACGUGACAUUACACGAGAACACCUUCCCUCGUCCCUUACCGUACAUAGUUACGUACAUUUUCAUUGUAAGCUAUAUUCAGUUUACUUUGUGAAAUAUAAAAAUAAGCAGUUCCAGACUAGGUUACAUGAUGAAGUUAAUUUAAACGUUAUGGCAGCUUUACCAUCGAAGACAGUGUAAUUUACAACGUGUCUAACACACAAGAAGAUCAAUUAAUUUAUUAAGUCACAAGUAAGGAAUUUUAAGCAGAUAAGUUUUAGAGUGUGUGCUAUAUAACCUCUUGCCGUUCAAAAACAUUUACAUUAAAGUUGGCCUGAAAAAACUUGUUUUAAGGCCUUGACUUUUUUCCUGUUCUCUUUGCACGCCGUCUUUCAUUGCGAUGAUGUUUUUAUACACGACAAUGGCAGAAUGAAUUGGUGGCGAGAAGUUAUUUAUAUAGCCCGGAACAUAAAACGAUUUUAAAUUCAGUUCUAGAACUUUUCAAUAGAACAUCUCCCUAGAAUCUCCUGAUGACAUUCGACUAAAGAGCUUGACCGGUUAGCAUAACAUUGUAAGAGAUCUUUAAGACCUCUUGCAUUGUUAUGCUGCCUGGGAAAGCUUCAUGUACGUUGGAGAAUCGCUUGACUUAACAUUGUAAGUUAACCACUCCUUUUUUUACAUGUUCCCUACCAAUGUGUAUGGAAACGCAAAAUUCUAAAAAGUAACUUAUGUGCUAAAAUUAACUGUAUGGUUUCUUACUAUCAAUAAAUUGUUUUUGCCCUCCAUACCUGCAGUAAGACAUCAUGAAAUUCCUAGCGCAUUUAUAGUAUUGCGAGUACACCUUUCUCUGGGCGUAUCUACUGACGCCACUAUGAUUUCUGGAUACCACUAAAUACAACUAAAGUGUUUCUAUCUAACGAUUUAACAGAUCUCACUUUAUUUUUGUCGUUUUGUAUUGUACUUAGAUUCAUAGCGAGAAACGUUUUGCACAACCCUUCGAUGUCGCCAUGACACAAUCUUCAAGUGACAAAAUAAACCAAAAAUGACUUAAUAGAAACAGUUUGUAUUGUUCAAAACCAAAGGUAACAAAUGUGCCCGUGUAAAGGGAUAAAAUUAGUUUUGAAUGAAGUUUGGCGACAUCGGAAAGGUAAUGAAAAUUUACUUUGAUUCCUGCCUGAGGAAAAGCCGUGUAAGGCAUCAAAUGAUCGCCUUACGUGAUUUUACAUUGUUGAGUUUCUUUGUUUUCAAUGACCACCCCCAAACAGCGUUCAAACAGCAUUUGUUUACAAGGCAUUUUUGAUUGUUUUCCAUCCCAAAGGGAACGUUGCGUAUCUGGUGCUUCACAUUGGAUUUGAAAGUGUUAAAAAUCGUACAGCCCUUGACAACUCCGGCAAUAACAACAACGCCAUCCUUAGCCCGGAAGUAGGGCUAUCUGCUACUGAAUCGAAAUGUGGUUCUGCCGUGACCUUGCGGGGUGGACGCCUCCUUUUCCCGCGUUUCAACAGCCGACCGCGUGAGGCCAUCACGAUUGCGUUAUGGUUAAAGCUCGACUCAGUAUCCGGAACUGCCACUUUGUUUAAAACGACGGGAUCUGGAGCGAAGUAUAAUUUACACGUAGCCGAUGGGAUCGUUCGUUGGUCUCACGUUGAUGACUUGGGCCACGUCACUUUUAGCAUGGAAACGAGGCGGAUGGUAGACCCCCUUGACUGGUUACACGUAGCUGCGACGUAUGAUGCCCAUAUCAAUAAAAGCAAGAUCAUCCUGAAUGGAGAGGUCUUCGAUGAAAGAGAGGGGCACGGAUUACUGUCACAGAACUGGGAUGGCGAAGUAGGAAUCGGAAUUCCCGAGGGUAUCCAGGGGCUUAUGGAUGAGUUCUACAUGUAUAACCACGCCCUUGCAGCGUCAGAUCUGGGAGAUUUGUCAGAAGAAUGUAACCCUGGAGCAGGUAACAUAUGUUUUAAGCAACUCUUGACCAUUCUGUUGUAUCAUGACUCACCGUAAGUUCAUCUUUGACAAGAUUAGGCAAUCCUUUAAGAAGAUUAAAUGAAGCCAUUAUCCUCCAAUCUAUAAGCGCACAAGGGGGAUCAUUUUAAUUAUUUGCAGCCGUCCGUAUAAAUUCUCAAACUCACCAUAUGAGCUAAGUUAAUAUUUAUAUAACUCUUGGGAGUUAAAUGGAUCAGCAUAAGCGAGAAACUUAAGGAGAAAGCAAUCAUGGUGUUUAUUAUGCAUGCGUCUCACGUUAGUCAAUUUUUUUUUUGGCCCUGCAUUCUUUUGUAAAGAUUACGAUCUAUAAUAACAAAAAAAAGCAUACAAAAGACAGCAGCCAUUGGUAAUUCAGAUACUGAGUCAAAAUAGGAAAAUCAGUUACACGUUAUUGCCUGUAAAGAUGUUACAAGCCAUUGUCCUAACAUGCCUUAGCGUCAUCUCGUACUCAGAUCUCGCUCUUUAGUACGCUUAGGUGAUCCGAUUGUGAGAAUCGAAUACUCAUAGAGAGAUUAGAGCAUCUGUCAAAUAGCUUAAUAACUCGAGAGCUUUUUUGGCAAUAGACAUUAAGCAGCAACUCUUAAGAUGCGUUCCUUUGAUAUGAUCCGGAUAAGCAUUCAUGAUCCAAGAUCGUAAAUCGGAACAUAGACUGGAGGGACAAAAAUACCGAUGAAUCCGUGUCCCGGUGAAAUUAAGCGCUUCCUCUGACACGCCAAGAUCCGAGGGAUCUCGGAUCAUAAAUCCCGAUCCUAUGAUCAUCCUAAGGAACGCACUCAAAGUUUUGUAACCUUUGAAGUCGAACUUACAAAAAGAUCGAUCUGUUUAAAGGUGGAGCCAUUCCCGUACAAGAAGGAAGUUAUGAUGGCCUCAUUCCGGAAAAGAUGAUUCAAGAUGCGAUGUCGUUCCUUCAUCCUAACGUUACAAUGUCCACGAAGCAAAAGAAGCCUACUUCCACUACUCUUGCAGAAACUCCUACCACGGCGAGACCACUGACAAGCUCCACAAGGCAAAAUACCCCAACGACCCCACCAUCUACCACAACAGCGACAACAACUUCUAAGUCAACCAAUGUAACUCCAACGGCAAGAACGACUCUAUUGUCUACUACAUCACGGAAACCUACGUUAAAUGUACCAUCUACAACACUCACUGAUAAGAAGCCUGGGAUAAACAGUGUUUCACCCACGAUUACCUUACAUGAAGAACCAAACUGUCAACAGGGGAUGGUUUACUUUAACAGCGAGUUAAGGGGUAGAAUGAACGCGGGGCUAUUCAUAGAUUUGGGCAAAGUAAGAGGCUCUGCUAGCUGUCUGAAGCUCUGCUGCGAGAUUGCUUCAUGUAACCUUGUUUUCAUGACACGUGAUAGGUGCUAUGCCGUAGACUGUUUCAACAAUGAGCAGUGUGAGCCUGUACCAGCGGUGCCCUACAGAGAUGACAUGCCCAGCGUUUAUUACGUCACAAGGAGUGGCAUUUCUAUCUUAGACCAAGGUAAGUACUUCGUUAGAUUGCUCACAUGUGGCAGAUCUAAGGAGUGAACAAUAGUAGUGACAACUAUAGAAGUAGCUGUUUUACUUAUUUUCUCAUAUGUAAACCCAAGGGCUUUUCCUGUAAAGGAAGCGCAAGCUGUUACCAAUCCAGGGUCCCCUAGGACCCAUCAAAAGGUACAAGCGGGAUGGGACAUUAAAGUAAAAGAAGUUUUGUGUACUUUCCUGCAAGGACCUUCUUUCUAUGUACAAAGAGAAAUCUGCAAACGGCAGUUUCCAAUGACAAAGGAGCUCUUUUUAAUGUAUCAAACAAAACUGACGAUAUCUCGCUAGUUAUAAUUUAUUACGUUACUUAAAAAAUGAGUUCAACACGAGCGGGAAACUGGUAAAAACGAUCCCAAGAAGCAUUGAGUUCGCAUAUGGUAUCCAGUUUUAAUACGUUUUGAAUCAAGUUGUGUCCGACACAAUUAUUAUCUGCCUUGUGUUCCUCACAGAAAUGCGAAAAUUGGAGAAUCCGACCACCCCAAAACCCACCGCACCACCUCCGACAAGACGAACAACAGCGAGUGACAUGUUCUUUCCAUAUCAGCCAAUUUCCCCUCGACCCACUCACAGCUCGUCGGCCACAAGGCAAUUCUGCGCCCAGGGGAUGUUUUUCUACAAUGUAAAGCUUCGUGAUGGCUGGAAUGCAGGUAUGCGACUUCAGGUAGUUCCUGUGAGAAGCAUGGCAGAAUGCGUCGAACUGUGUUGUGAUGAGCCCGCCUGCGAUUUUGUCAUGUUAAAGAAGAGGAAAUGUCAUACGGUGCGAUGCAGAGUUGGUGAUGCUUGUACGGUCGAGGAAGGAGGGGAUUACCAGAUCUCGUUUGUCAGCAGACAAGGUAAGAAAAUACAGUGCUUUGCGCGCUGUUUUGUCGGGUAGAUACACGCUUAGAAAACUUCAGCAUUGUGUUGAAAAUAAGUUGAAAAUAGUUUUCCGAGAAUUUUUUCUUUUUGUAAAUUUGAGAAUCAUAUCCCGGCGGCUAGUUAAAAAAUUUUUUGAAUGUGGGAGGGUUGAGUUUUUCUGUUUGUUUUAGAUUUGUUUGUGUUUGUGUUUGUAUGAGUGCAUCCGUGAGGUAACCUUUCCCUAGAGUGGGGCUCUGAUAAAGUAAGAGAGCAGAAUAUGAUCUUGCCAAAUUUAGGUGUUUGCUCUUCAAUGGUUUCUAACAAUUAUGUCAUUGUCUUGUCCGACUAGUGUCUUGCCUUCCCUUAUGGUAAGUUGCUCUUAGUAUAGUGCCUUAUAAUCAUGCAAUGAAUUUUUGUAGCUAUGGUCGAAGACGAAGAUGUAUCCCCACCAACACCUACUCCUCUGCCGCUUAGUCCUCUUGGUGGAAAUAUGGACGAUCUGCCUGGUGAUCACACCCAUUAUCUUUCCCUGUACCUUGGAUUUGAUCACGUGAUCGGCUCCGUGGCGGUCGAUGGAUCUGGCCUUAAUAACGAUGCAAGGUUGACUCAAGGUAAUUACUUCAAGAACAUUGUGUUCUUUUCAUAAGAGGCCAAGCUAUCAUUACGUCAAACGUUUCCCUUCUUUCUUGUGCCAAUAAGUUGAAUUAAAUUUUCGAAAAGAUAGAUAAAAACCGGGUCGUAAUUCUUUUGCUUUUUAGAACGGCGCCGUCAUCUUCUUCAGUUAUAUCGGCGAUCUCUUCGAAAAAAAUAAUACUCUAAGUUCCUAGGUUGUGAAGAAACUGACGAAAGAACUCACCUGUUUUCUCUGAAUUUUUUGUUGAAUGGAAGGCACUGAGCUUUGCACAAAGCACAAAGAGCUGAGCACCUUCUCAUAACGCUGAUUUCUCAUGUAAGGGUUAUUUUCGUUGUUUUUUUGUAGGUGCUGAGGUAACGACACCAGGGAGGCGUGGUGCUGGUAUUAAGCUGAAUGGCGGCGAUAUUCUUCUCGAUGGUCAGCACUUCCGCGAGAAGCCACAGGAGGCGGUCACCAUUGCAUUAUGGGUAAACCUCUGGAGGACCGGUGGAGUACAUUCCAUGUUUGACACCAUCGGUGGUCAUUCAAUCCACAACAAAGGACAGUACCACUUUGAAGUGUUCGACGGAAAGGUUAGAUGGUUCCAUCGGAACGAGUACGCUCAGGAGAUCUUCCAUAUAAGAACUCCCCCAAUACUGCAGCCCAACCUGUGGUAUCACAUCGUUGCCACGUACGACUCUCGCACUCAUCUCGCCAGGGUAUUUGUCAACGGUGAUUUAGUAGGGGAGGGCCACGGCAGCGGCUUGCUUUCCCUAGACUGGGAGGCUAAGGCAGGCUUUGGUUCUCAUUCUGGUCGCAGGAUUUUACUUGGUUAUAUGGACGAGAUUUACAUCUUUAGACGAGCCCUCCAGGAAAAGGAGAUAGACCGAUAUUUGGAAAACCCGAGAGGCUAUUCACAACCACAGUCGAAUUCUGAUCUUAUAAACAGUGAGAGUUACCCGAACAGUUUCUCUGAUAUGAAUACCAACUCAGUUUGGUUUUCACAGCCUUCCAGUCAUUUGACCGAUGCUGCUUUUGCAAAGCCUAACAGUGCCUUAGAUUACGAGUAUCAAAUGGAAGGGCCUACAAACGCUAGAACUACAGGUUCGGCUAUUGUUAGCGCUGUAAGACCACCGUCACUCCCCUCCAAGGAAUUCCAAACUACACCUAUGACAACAACUAAAGAACCUGAAACAACCACGGCUACGGAAGCCACAGAGAAGAACAACAAUCAAUCCUCUACGGUGAUAACGACUGCUGUGCCUCCAACGACCACACCAUCGACGAACAAACCAACGUUACCUAAAAUUAAACCUACCAAAUCAACGAAUUCAAGCGUCCAUCCCUUGUGUAAAAAAGGAAACGUGUACAGAGGCAGAGAUCUUGUGGGUGGGUUGGGCGCUGGGAAUUUUACGGACAAAGGACCAGUUCGUUCUAUUGAUGAGUGCAUGGAUAUCUGUUGUGGUUUGGAAGAAUGCUCUGUCGCUUAUAUGGUCGAGAACAAUUGUUUUGCAAUUAGUUGCAAGGAAGAAAAACAGUGCAAGACCUUUGUAAAGAGUCCUGUGGAGAAUACCCCUGUAAUUGGAUUCAUUGAGCGACACAAACCCGGGGGUAAGUUUUAUCUUGCUGUUAGGUACAUAGAAACCUCGAUAAAACAAGGGGCCAAAGAACUGGCCUAAUAUGUUCCUCAUAACGAGGUUUCGUCAUAUCGUGGUUCCCUUCCAUAUAUUUUACUAUUACUGGGGCGAAGAAUAUCAUUAGUUAUACCGAGGACUUCGUUAUAUAGACGUUCGUUAUAUCGAGGUUUCACUAUAGUUUGUUUGAGGUGAUGUCUUACGAAUUUACAUUUCUCUAAACAAUUGACAGUCUUUCAACUUUAACCUUUAGCUCAUCAGUGGUAUUUGCCCGCAAUUCCCAACGCAAUCCUUUAUUACAAUGUUCCCAUUUAGCAUUUGACUGGCAGAAUAGUCUUAUUUUGUCGUUAAAAAGAAGUGUACCAAAUGUUGAGCUCUGAUCAUCAUUCUCGUUGUUUUAACCUUCAGAAUCGACCUCAUCUCAUGUUGAAGCAGAGGAAGCAACAGAAAUGCAUACUCCCUCGGUCAACGAUCUUCUCACCGAGCCAGAUUCUAAUCUGAAGACUUCUUAUACAGACGAAGACAAAGGCUCGGCAUCGAACUUGAUGAAGUUGUUAGUAACAACGAAACCCACUCCAAGCACAACGUUCCAGCCCACAAUGUCCAGUUGUUCCCACAGUAAACUAUAUCGUCACGUGACUCUGGUGGGCGGACUUCGCGCGGGUAACUUCACACGGAUGGCAGAAUUUACGAAUAUGAAUGAAUGUGUCCGAAGAUGUUGUUCAGAGAGAUCAUGUGAUGUUGCCAUCCUUUUGAGAGACACGUGCUUUGCGCUUCAAUGCUCAAGCCCUGAACUUUGUAGCGCGAGACCCUCUAGGCUGAGGAACUUCUCUCUCAAAAUGAUAUACAUGUACAAGAAGAAUGGAAAAGGUUGGUGCUUAUCUAUUAAAACUGUCAAUAUUUCUAAAGUUUUUGCCAAUGGGAAGAAAAAGUAACCACCACCAGGGAAGAGAUCAACGUUAUUGUUAUAACCCUCCUAAAAUUUUAAGCAAUAGUGAAUACCAUAUGCUUCUCUUGUAAGUGACCACCCCCAAGUUCAAAGAAGAUUGGAACUUCCUCAUCUUGUAGUUAUGUUCACAGACGCUAUUUUUCCUUUUUGUUGACGUUGACGUUGUCGUCGCCAAAAAGUAAACUUCUUACGCAGUGAGAGGUGGUUCUUGGAGAAAUUUUGUUUGUUGAUGCUAAUACAAAAAAAGUAGACUGACUUUACGUAAAGCUAGGUUACUUGGCAAUUAAGUUCCAGCAGCCUUUUGUUCUUUUUGUUUGUUGUUGUUUUUGAUUGUUUGUUUAUUUCUUCGUCAAAAGUUAACCAUAAGUUACCAACUCUUUGGCAAAAGUAUGCCGAUGGUUUAUUUUUUUCUUCUUCUUUUCAGCUUGGGUCAAGACUACGCAAACCCCGAAAACAACAGAGCCAUCCUUGCAGGACCUUCUUGGUGAGGUUAAGCCCACACAGUCUCCAACAACUCCACCGUCCCUAAACAACAUGCUGGGAAUCCCUCGCGUGGAGAACGGUCACGUGACCACCCCGAGACCUUCAACAGAGUGCUCUCAAGGACUGACCAUCACGAAUGUCAUACUGAACGGCGGUAUGGGAGCAGGCGAGGUUGCUCAGUUCCCCCAAAUAGGCGACAUACAGCUAUGUAUUGAGAAAUGCUGUUUGUCCGCGACAUGUCAUGUGGCUUACGUUAUUCAAAAUGUCUGUUAUACUGUGACCUGUUUUAGUCGUGAUCUUUGCCGAACGCGCCCGAUUGAAAACAAGGCAAUAAAUUCAGCGAUUUCGUAUAUUAAGAGAGGUGAGGUCGCCAUGUUUAGCAGUGCAGCGGAAGCCAGCGUUGCAAACCUUGGCAACACGACUAUCGAGCCGAUGGAAAAGCCUCGAGUUUCCCCGACUGCAAGUGCGAAUUUAAUCUGUCAGAAAGACAAGACGUUUUACAACGUACAGCUCAAGGGAGGCCAAAACUCCGGUGCGUUCACAGAAAGAGGACUUGUACCAGAUAUCAGCCAGUGCGUUGGAUUAUGCUGUGAGGAUCAGUCAUGUGACUUGGCCUAUACUGAGGGACAGCGGUGCUACACAGUAAAAUGCUACAACCCAGACACGUGUCGGCUGAUAGAGGCCAGUCACCUUUCAGUGGGGACUGCUAUGGCGUACGUUGUUAGACUGAGAAACAAGGAUGUUAUGCAAGGUAUGCAGGCUCUGAUGUUUUGUUGCCUGAGCGCGUUGACGUCUAGUGGAACCUGCCAAUUCGAUGCUCAACGAGAAUUAAAAGUAGUUCCGGUAAACUGGGCUUUAAGCUUCCGUUAAAAACUUAUUAAGAUUUUAUUACUUGCUGUAGGUUAACAAAGUCAAGCCCUUUUUAAAUGCUGUGAGGGAUUUACCUUAGUUUUUUUCUUCCACAAGCCUCUUUUUGAAAACGAGGGCAAGUGCGAAAUCAUUGAUAUCAAAAUAAUACAAAUGAAACUAAAUUUUAUAUAUAGGGUUUUUUCUUAGCCUCGUUUUAAAAGUGAGGGCAAUGGCCCAUUGCAACGCUCAUAGAUUGGGCUCCUAUAAACAUCUGAGAUGUGUAUGCGAAAGUUUAUGUGCUUUUUUGGCACUUGGUGGUUUUUCUUGCCAAUAUUUCAAACUUAGGUCAAUUUCAACCAAGUUUCAUGCUACGUGUCUUUAAAACAUCGAUAAAACCGAUACUUAAAGAUAGCUGGUAACUAGUCUGAUGAGAAAACAAAUUAAUGUAUUGCAUAUUUCACAGUUUCCUCACAACCAACCGAGCCGACGACAAAGAAACCAGAAACUACAAAAAUGACGACAACAAAAGCGAGCCCAACGACAGAAGGUGAGCUUCAUUAUUUGAAGUUAAAGGUCAGUCCUUGUUCAUAGUUAAAAAGAACAAAAAAACCAAAUGAUUUAUAAACCAGGACACUGAUCUUUCGAAUCAAAAUUUAGCAAAUUUUUACUUUUUCGUGUCAUGAAAAUGAUAAGGUAAUUUUCUUUGUCUUUUUUUCAGCCGUUUUGCUUGCUGACAACAAACACAGGAAUCAAAAUGAAGAAGAUGCGAAGCGUCCAUUACACCUUCAUAAGAACAAGUUACACAAGCAUUACCACCAUCAUAAAGGUAAUAUAGGCAACGCGGUCGUUUCUAAUUACUCUUUUCUGCCAUCGGGGGAAAACUUGCGUGACAGCCAACGGAAUGGCCUAAUUUGCAUAAUGAGAAGAAUAACGAUAUCUUCGAAAGGUGCAUAAUGUAUAUGUUGAAGAACUCAGUUUUGAUGGUCACUUGGUAGAAUUUAGGUAGAAAAUUCAUUUGUUUGACAAUGGCUAAGCUAAAUAAGGCCGACGUUUACCCUUCUAAGCUGCAUGAAAAUGGCUUUCCAUUACUUUAAUUUUAAUGCUUUUUUAAUGAAUCGUUUGCAAGUAUCAACAGUGAAAAUCACAUUAUGUCUUUUUUCUUUCCAACUUAGUUGAAGGUAAAGAGAAAUGCCUGGCAAAGAGAUAUGGCUGCCAACACUACUGUGUUAAUCUCUCGGAUGGGGGACACCGCUGUAUGUGUCACCAUGGUUACAUGUUGGCAUCAAACGGAAGACACUGUGAAGGUAAUUAGAAUUAGCAAAGAAAGAACUGCGUACAAAGUGCUCGGAUUUAUGGAUAGGCCAUUGUGAGGUUAUAUUUGAGACUGGGUCAGUCUUACGUGGAAUUGCACUGUCGAGCAAUAUUGGGGAAUGAAUAUGCCAUUAGCAUGAUAGCGUCAUUUUACUACUACUACUACUACUACUACUACCACUACCACUACCACUACCACUACCACUACCACUACCACUACCACUACCACUACCACUACCACUACCACUACCACUACCACUACCACUACCACUACCACUACCACUACCACCACCACUACCACUACCACUACCACUACAACUACCACUACCACUACCACUACCAGAAGCCAUUUCGUUUUUCCUUUUAUAUUUACAUUUGACUAUCCCAGCGAGGUUUAAAUAACAAUAGCCCUAAUUUGCCUAAGAGAGAAAAAUUCUGAAGGAUUCUGGUGGUAGUAGUCAAUCCAAAGGACGUCAUCAUGCAAAUCGCCUAUUCUGACCCAGUUUUGAGCGCAACUUCGUAAUAGUAGCCAAUGAAAGAAGCGAUAGCGUUUCCAAAACAAUCCCAAAGUGCGCUCUGUUCCAGCCUCGACUUCAAUAUGACCGGAUCGUUCAAAAGCUUGGUAAUCCUAUAGAAAACUUUUAACAAAUCUAAGAGUACAGUUCCAUAUUUUAGAACAAGACAAAUCAUAACUAAGGCAAAAGUUAAGUAGUCCACUUUUUGACAUACAUUUGUAAUAAUUAGGUAGAGAUGUUUAUUUGUAUUGCAAAUCAAUUUUUCAUUGAUGGUUUUAUUUUAUUUUAUUUUUUCUUUAUUUUUGUAGACGUCAAUGAGUGUAGAGAUAAUACUCAUGGUUGUGAGCAUCAAUGUGUCAAUGACGAAGGAAGUUUUCGGUGCGAGUGCCGCAGUGGAUUUAUGCUCACUAGAGACCAACGGCAUUGUGACGGUAAAUUCUGCUAAUAUUGCUUUCACUGUUACUCUAUUCAUCCUACAAAACAUUGAACUAUGUAGAAGUGUUUUCACUGAGGUCAAUCAUUAAUCAAGCGAUUUUCCUCUUUGCAAUGGGUCAAUGGAUUAAAAAGAAAAAUCAGUGCGCGAAAACUUUCAAAAAUGGUUUAAUACAAUUAGAAUAGAGUACAGCUGCAGCGAUGUAAAUCUGUCCAACGAGAUCGAAGGUGAACGAAAAAAUUGCACUGCGCAACCACUUUAAAAGAACAUACCUUUUCUGUUGUCUACCCAGUAAAUGUGUCUUCUUUCCUUUUUUAUGAAGUAUUUAUAUAUCUAUUUAUUCAUUGGUUUAUUUAAUUAUUUAUUUAUUUCAGACUUGAAUGAGUGUUUAUUGGGUGUUCAUAGUUGUUCUCACUCGUGUCAUAACACCCCUGGAAGUUACGAGUGUUCGUGCGAUGACGGUUAUCAGUUAUCAACCGACAAACGACGCUGUUUAGGUAUUUUUCUUACACUGCUUCUUUCUUAGUUCAAGGUCAAUUUUAAGAUUUUAUGACUGUUUGCAAAAAAAAACAACUACCAGCUCAACAUUUUGUGCGUAGACUCAAAUACACUGGGUGUUGUUAUUGGAGUAAAGAGUAAAUGGAUUGUUUAUUUUCAGAUAUCACAGAGGUGGGAUCUAAAAAGGACCAAGAUCACCCGUCAGUAGCCGGACUGGAAAGUAAGCAGCAAUUCCUUUGCCUCCAGCCUAGUCUAACCUCCAUUUGCAUCCAGCUCUCUUAAGACACAAUUUCUCAUAGACGAGCAUCUAUCCAAAUUGCCAAAACUUUCCCGGAAAAGCCCUGUUGUUGGAACCUCUUAAAGGCGAACAACUCUCGUUACCGACCACGACCACUUUGUGGGGUGACAGUAUUAUUUUUUUUAUCUUUCUAUUGCUUUUAAUCUCUUGUAAGUGAAUACCUGACUCCAGCUCUGGUCUCCAUAUUCGCUGUGAAUACUUUGAUAUUCAGAGAAUGCGAAGAACUGUUAGCGACAAUACAUGGGGCCACCGUUUGUCUGGAUCUCUUCUCAGAAGAGAGACCUGGUGUUAAAAUCUACUAUUUUGUGGUAAUGGCUUGCAGCAGGCUCGAAUGUAUGGCAAAAAUCACAGAUGCUGAGUCCAAUAACUACUUCAAACAGCCAACGGCUUACUUUACUGGUAAAAUCGUGGGGAUGCUCCGUCUUAUGCUCGAAACGGUCUCUACUAAACGAAUUAGGGAAUAUUCAUGCGCUUCUUUUCCAACCUUCAUUUAUUGUCGACAAUAUUUAACUUUAAUUGACAACUUUCUUUCAUUUUUUUGUAGUUCCAACAACAAUAACACAUGGCCCUAAAGAUCUUACAGUGGCCCAGGGCAAAUCUGGGAUAUUUCACUGCAGGGCCCGUGGUCACCCACCUCCUCACAUUGCGUGGGCGUCAGGACCAAACGGAGACCGACCCAUCCCCUCUGAGGAUAGGUUUAGGAUAUUACCGACCGGGUCCCUGGUUAUUGGUCGCGUGAAUUUCACAGAUCAAGGGAUGUACCGCUGUGUUGCGUCAAAUCCCGCCGGCAGCGCUACUGCGGGAGCGACUCUUACAGUAACAGGUACAUACCAUCAUCUUUUUUAGCAGUGUUACCUCUUAUGUUAUAUUCACUACAUUGAACGAAGGUCAUAAGAAGUUAACAUAUCCCUCUAAACACUUCUAGAUUUCAAUGAGUGCAGCGCCAGCAGUAAUGACUGUCAGCAGGUGUGUGUUAACACACAUGGCAGCUUCCGGUGUGAAUGUCAUUCCGGAUUUAUACUAGAGAGAGACAGGAAGGCUUGCCAAGGUACUUUUCUUAUAUAGUUAUUUAGUUUAAUUAUUUCAAUGUUCUUUGAUAUGGUUAUGUUUUCCUUAAUAACUAUUUUGUAUAAUUCUGACCUCAUUUGGAAAUGAAAGCCUUCAACAUAACACAAACAGAACGCAUUUCAUUGAGAGAGUUAAAUCGAACUCCCAUUAAGACGAAACUUGUUUUGGAAUUAGACAGUCCUUGCUCUCCUUAUAAAGUGAUCACGUUGACUUACAUUUUAAUUUUGUCUGACAUCUUCAGAUGUGGACGAGUGCACUUUAGGCAGCCAUUUUUGUGAUCACACUUGUCACAACACAGCAGGCAGCUUUACCUGCAGCUGCAAAUCAGGAUACAGGCUUUUAGCGGACCUCAGAACAUGUACAGGUACGAAAAUCCUGUUUUUUGGAGGCGUUAUCUGUGACUUAUUCAGGGAUGCUUGCGAAUUGCCCCGAUAAAUAACUAAGCUAGCCUGUCCCAGGCUGUCGAUAGUAGGGACGUCGUGAAAAUAAAACAAACCAAGCAAAGUAAGGCGUGCGCGAUCUUGGGAAAAGGGGCUGUAGCGGGACAAAAAUGGGAGGAACCCUCGCGCGUUUUUUUGCAUCGCUUUUUCACUGCACGACUGCCCUACUAUCUUGAAGCCUGGAACAAGCUACACUCACCUCGUUAGGGGAUUCGAACGAUCAACAGUGAAUGACACAUUUUAUUCUUAAAAGCUUUUACGUGCUAUUAAGCGAGACAUGUGUUAUAGGCAUGUGAAAAUCUUGAAUGCAGUGAACCACCUAACGCCAAAUAAAACUUCACCGGUACUUAUUGUUUUCGGACCUCGAUUUAUUGAGAUGUUUUUACCAGACGUCACUUCAAGGCGUAAAUAAACCAAUUGCAAGACUGGAGAUGCGACAGAAGGGCACUUUAAAAAUUUGGUCGUUGUGCCAGUCUUAAUACAAGCCGUCCAACUUUAAAGAAAGGAGAUGCUGGGCCCUUCAUCCGACCAUCCGAAAGCUACGCAGCAUAAUACUACUUUUUUCCUCUGUUUUCUAGUUGACUUAUUUUAUUCACUUUGUGUGUUUAGACAUAGAUGAGUGCUCAGAGACGCCACACGACUGCUCACAAUUGUGCAACAACACCAAAGGAAGUUAUAAUUGCUUUUGUCUGAAAGGAUACUGGCUGACUAAAGACAACAAAACAUGUGUUGGUAAGUUCAAAUAAAUUCUUAUGCAAUUCUUGAAGAAUCUUGUUAUUUACGUUCAUCAGCAAAUACUUCUCUCCUUCCCCACUCCACCCUAGUAAAAUUUAAAAUGCAACAAAUCGCUCCAUAAAAGGUAACACGGAUUCCGGAAUCUGGGAAAUUUUAGUUGCGGAAUCCAGAGUUCUUGGCCUUGGAAUCUAGAAUUCAGCUCACAGGGAUCCCGAAUCCAAGUUCCGCUGACAAGGAAUCUGGGUACCAGUGUGUAGAAUCCAGACUCCAUAGCGUACAAUCCAGGAUCAAGACUGACUUGGAUUUCCUGACGUGGGGCGUUAGAAAAGGAGAUAACCCAAACUAUUCACAAUUGGUCAUCGUCAACGUUUCUUUGUGUUCACUAAUCAUUACUACUUGCCAAUCCAACUGACCCCGCCGUCGAGUCAAGACAGCCUCUAUUAAGCCUAAUCCAAGUCUUGAAAAAAAAACAGCAAAACCUAGACGGUUUCUCUACUACCACCUCGACUAAUGGACAAAUUCUUUGUUGUUCUUAGAUCACCACACUAUGCUAGAUAGCUCCAAGCCAGCGACGCUUUCAGCUGGGAUGGGAGCAUUUGUAGCGGUGACGACAGCGAGUUUGCUUAUUGUUAUCGGCACUGUGCUGUGUGUGAUACGACAUAGAAGAAAAGCCCGACUGGCGGGUCUUGAUAUAGCUGAG